ACGCAGGACACUAAAGUGACUUGUCUACCGACUGUGAAAAACACCCAAAGAAAGAUACCCAGGGUCCCUGCUCAUCUGCAUGAACGUGCAUUAGGCAUGCUGCAGGGAGGCAUGAGGACUGCUGAUGUGGCUAGGGCAAUAAAUUGCCAUGUCCGCACUGUGAGACGCCUAAGACAGCGCUACAGGGAGACAGGAAGGACAGCUGAUCAUCCUCGCAGUGGAAGACCACGUGUAACAACACCUGCACAGGAUCGGUACAUCCGAAUAUCACACCUGCGUGACAGGUACAGGAUGGCCACAACAACUGCCCGAGUCACACCAGGAACACACAAUCCCUCCAUCAGUGCUUAGACUGUCCGCAAUAGGCAGUCCAUGAGGAGGAGAUGCACUGCAGUACUUCAAGCAGCUGGUGGCCACACCAGAUACUGACUGGUCAAAGGAAAAACCCUACUUAUACUUACAGUAUCUGCAGCAGCAAGACAACAUUACCUAACCAUAUCAAAGUAAAAGAAUACAAAGCAUCAUGACAACAACAAGAAAUGUAUGGCGUCUCCCAGAUUUACCAAAACCAAAAUCCAUUCCCUCUUUAGUGCUUUCCAAAAUAACGCUGGUGGCUUUACCUAUUGCUCAGAUCUGCAUUGGUGCAAAAUAUUUAAAUGAGUGUACCAAGGAGAACUACAUCCCUGUGUAUGUGCUGGUAAGUGGAGUGUUCAGCCUGUUGAUGGCCCUGCUUACCUGCCUGCCCUGUGGUCAGAAAGAUAAUUCAACACUAAAGUGUCUCUGUUCCAUCUGGCACAUACUGGUGUCCAGCUUCACAUUCUGCUGGUUUAUUGCUGGCAGUGUAUGGAUCUACUCUAUCUACCCCCCCAACUACAACUCAACUCUUGUGGAUGUGCCAUACUGCAAUAAGACUCUUUACCUCUUUGCCUUCUGGACUACAACACUGAUGUACAUCCUGCUAGCAGUUGUAUUCAUGUGCGGUUGCUGUUAUCUUAUAUGCCUGUGUGUGUGCGAACAAGAUGACGAGUCUGAAGAAGCUCCUGAAGCCUGAUUAAGAUGUCAUGGAGAAUACACUGCCCCUGUGUAAACAUACAGUAUUCAGAGAUGCUAAAUGAUUUAUAAAUACUGCUUAACUAAUUUGCAAAUACUUUUCCUGAUAAUUUUCAUCCUGAUGCUCAAGUCUGGAAUACAGUAUUCUGAAAAUGUCUAAGGCCUAAACUGUGACCUCACACCAUACAUACUUACUGUUAAGUUUUCAAUAUGUGAAAAUAUGUUAUGUAGUUAUGUAGUAUUUUCUAUGUAAAUCAGAUAUGCUGAUAAUGUACAUAACUAUGCAAAUUCACAAGGAUCUCUCUACCUGAUGUUAUAUCCAAUCCACUUUCAGGUUCAGACUCUAAAAGCUCUAAUCCAUCAACUUUGAUUUCAUUGAGACUUCAUGAGAGGGAUUUCAAUCACACAAAAGGGAUCACCAUUUUUUUCUCACAUUUCUUACAUCUAACCAUACAGAGACUGCACAAAUACUAUA